AUGAAAGUCAAAGUAUACUUGCUCUCUGUCUCCCUCUUUUUCUCAACCCUUUCGGUUGCUCUUGCUGCCGGCAUUCGUCGUCCUCGUUCGCUCGUGCAAGAACGGAAUAAACGAGGAGUCCAAUCCAUUCGUAUGAAACGUAAUCUUGGUAAGAAAACCUCAACAAAGAGUACCAAGAAAAGCAAAGGUGCCUCAACAAAGAGUACCAAGAAAAGCAAAGGUGGCUCUGGGGUAGGCAAUACUUUAUUUACUUUAUUUGAAGCCGAAGGGUUCACCAAGGAUCAAGCAUAUUGGUUGGAUCAAAUUACUAGCUCCAACAAAUCAGACAUCGAUCUCUUUCUCGAUGGUGACAAAGCCAUUGAAGAACUACAAUUCUUCACGAAUGCAGUCCGUUCCAACCCCUAUACGGAGGGACAAGAAGUAUCGGAUCGAGAAAUCUUGAAUUUCCUCAUGGGUCCAACUGUGUUUGAACCAAGUGACUUGGACAACGAAGACAAUAACAACCGUGGACUACAGCGAUCUGACCCAAAUAAUCUGGAUCUGCGUAAUGACAAGGUCUUCGUGGCGGCUGUCAAUUUAGGUGUGGAAGUACUAUCCCAAGCAGUCUCUGAAAUUACCUCACUCCCUAAAGGAACUCUAGAAAAAACGUUUACGAUACUUGCAAAGAGACUUGAACCAAGGGCAUUCUUUGAUUUUCAAGAUGCACUCAAGGCUGCGAUUCGAGCAGACGGCACAAUUUUCAGGCCUGCCGUCUUGAAAGAAAUGGGAAACUUUGCGCUCACUUUCUUGUCAAACUUCAGUGUGAAAGAAAUCUUUGCUGAAGUUGCAAACAAUAUGACCUCGGUUGAUUAUGCUCUCUGGAUUGGUGGAUUGUCUGCAAAUUUUGCUUCGUUUUUUGUGGGUGGUCCUAUUCUAAAGUUGACGAAACUAUUGGUUACCUUGAUAGACAAUGCAUCACUUGCGAAAGCUUAUGCAGAUUUUGUACUUGCCAUGGUCUCAGAUAUGCCCCCAGAUGCAAGUCCAGCACCCACUGGAGCACCAAGUCCAACACCCACUGAAGCACCAAGUCCAACACCCACUGGAGCACCAAGUCCAACACCCACUGGAGCACCAAGUCCAACAUUCACCGAAGCACCAAUCACGAGCGAUGAUCCUUGUAGAGGUGAUCCAUGCUGCGAAGAUCCGUCCAACUGCGAUUUUGGAGGCGCCGCUGGCGACCCUCAUCUGGUAACAUUUGACAACAUCCGUUACUCCUGUCAAGGUAAGGGGGACUUUGUGCUCUUCCGAUUGGCAACAUCAGGCCUUCAAAUUCAAACUAGGUUUGAAAGGUUGGACCAGUUUGUAUCCCUUGCGACAGGUUUUGCUGGAACUACUGGAUUCUCAGGGCACACGAUUGAAAUCUCCAUCCCUCAGACCUACGCUGGAAAAAUCGACCUGUUUGUCGAUGGAAGCAAGCUUGAGCUUGGUGCAGGUUACGAUGAUGAUCAAUUUCGAGUCACUGUCAGUGGUAGAACUCAUACAGUGUUCUUCAAAGCUUCCAAACUGUCGGUGGUAGCUGAUUUCAUCUUAAUCGGUGUCCCACACCUUGAAGUUAACGUUCGAGUUCCAAGUUCCAUUCGAGGGGACGCCAUCAGCGGGCUUUUGGGUUCUCCGGACGGUAACCCUUUCAAUGACUGGACCACGAAGAAUGGUGAAGUUUUGGACACAAAUUUCCGAUUCAGUAAUGAAGACGGAUACAAGUACUGCACAACCGAAUGGUGCAUCAGCGACGUCUCCGAAUCCCUGUUUACGUACAACCAAGCAGGGGACUUUUUGAGCUUGUCUGGGUGCGAUGAAGAGUAUCCUGGUUCCGUUGACCUAAGCCAAGCAAGCCAGGAGCUUCGAGAGCUCUGUGGCAGUAAUGAGGCUUGUCUCGUGGAUGGAAUUGUACUUGGGGUCGAAGGUGCCCAGAGCCUGCUAGAAGCUGAAGCAUCUUACGGUUCUAGCUCGUUGUCCAAUGCAUUUCGGGCUAGCCCCAAUGCUGUAGUGGCAGACAGCCCUACGGACAUUGUCUUGACAGUUGAUCUUUCUAUAUCUGAUGCACCAGGCAGUACUGAAGUGGAAGAGUUUGUAGUGUUCGAAAUCGACAGCGAGACAUUUGAAGUUUCCACUGUGCCUGUGGCCACACUGGAAGAUAUUGGUACAGGCAGAGGUGAGGAUAUAGUUGCCCGCGACUUGAUAUUUUCCACUGUCCAUUCGGUGGAAUCUUCGGGUGCAGCGGGAAGUGGUUUCAGUUUCCAAGCUGUACCGCGGAUCAACGGUGAGCUUGCACGUGAUUCUCCACUCGUUUUCACUCUUUUGUACGCAGUGGUUGUGUAUUCCGUGGACUCAGGCAUUGCAUUUGAGGUAAACAGAAUUAAGAAAGGUGACACUGGGAUUCUCAAAGUGAGCGCAAUUGAGGGCCUCUAUCUUUCUAUUCAAUACUUUUGGGCCAGCGGCCGAAGCAACACCUUGGUAACAGGGACAUCGUUUCUUGGUGAGAAAGUAGGAUCCGAAUCUUCUUGUCCGAUUUCUUCCACAUAUAUGUAUUCCGCCGGCACAUUCGACAGUCUGGGCUCAAGUGCAGAAAGUGUGUUGGUCUUCUUUGGUGACUCUCAUGAAUCAGGUGCAUGGGCCAAUCAAAUAUCUAUCGAAUUGAAUGCCCACUGGAAUGACGGCGGUGGAAGUGGGCCUGUGACAGUUCUGGUUUUUCCUGUUUUGGUUCCUUCAGCAUUGGGCUCUAAUGCCGUGGACACUGAGAUGCUUCAAUUCACGGUUACACCAUCAGAAGCAGCAGUCGCCGGUUGUUCCACCAACAAGAUAGGAUCGGUGGACGUUCUUGUGAAGCCUGCAAGUGAUGGAGAUGUCACCAUCAGUGUGAUCCCGGAGUGGGACUGA